AUGAGUGCGCGUGCAUGUGAGCGCGCUCAACUUCCCCGUCAGCAGAUCCGAACCAUCUUUCCCAAGAGUUUGACCCGGUUUCACCUCCUGUCUGGGGGGGAAAAGUGCGAAGAUUCAUCCGGAGAAGAGGUGCUUUGGAUCGAGAUUUGGCUCGUGCCGUGCAGAAAGUGUCCUUCUGAGCCCGUCUCCUGGAGAAGCCCGCUGUCUUUUCUGAAUGUCCCUCUGCGUUUCCCUUUGGGCCUGAGCUGA